CCUCAGUCUCCGCCCCAUCCUCUGUCCAGUCCCUUCCACUCGUUUUUUCCCCCUCUUUUUCCUCCCUCCCUCCCUCCAGCGUUGUGAAAUACUGUAAAAUCUGCGCGGCUGACCCACACACACAUUUGAAGUGUUGUGUGUCCCCAAAUCUGAGCACAGAUGGCUGCAAAUGUAGGAAAGGAGGGCAUUCCAGCAGAGGGCGCCACCACACAGACCGUCACCGGCGGCUCGAAGCCUCUGCACCGCUUCCUCAGAGGAGAGCCGAAGACCGUUGGGAUUGUGCUGAUCCUCAUGGGCUCUUGUCUGUUCAUGUUUGGAAUCCCUCCGAAAAUGGACACGCUGGAAAGCUCAUCAGACAUCUACAGCUCCUUUUGGUUGGGCAUCCUGUACUUUACGUGCGGUGUUCUCUACAUACUGGCAGAACGUGAACCCACCAAAAAGAUUGUCACAGCUAGUCUGGCUCUUAGUAUCAUCUCAAUACUGGGGUCUAUAUUUGCUGCAUUUGAUUUCAUCAAAGCCAUGGUGGUCAUCUCACAAAAUCAUUACUAUCGUCUGUACAGCACGUACAGCCCUGACAAUCAUACAGAGCUGGAACCAGUGGUGGAGCAACAUUAUUUGUCGGCCUACAGCCUGGAAGCCGUGUUCCUGUUCCACAGCUUAACAGGUGCAGUAAUCCUCAUCACCAUGACCGUUUUCGCACGGAUGGCGCUGCGCUCCUCCCGGACACAGGCGGUUGUAGUAAUGCGUAACCUACCUUCAGCAGAGUGAGGACUUCUGAAGACAUUAUAGGAUUAUCUUGUUGUCUUUCUCCUACUCAGUGUGCAAACAAACAGGACCGAUUAAAUGAAGUAUAUAGCCACCGUAUAACACUGUACUAACUCAGCAGCUCAUAUAGAAAUGUAUCUUGUUGGAAAAGUUUUUAAUUUUAUAUUCAGUAAUCAAACAAAACAGUGCCUGAAAGGAAUGCUGACAAACAAUAUCUUGAAGUCAGAUUAUAAUACAGUCUAUGUGCAUGCAUGCAUUUACAAAUAACCCCCGUUUAAAAUGCGCCUCACUCACCGAUUUCAGUGAUCAAAUGAGUGACACAACAGCGUUAACCCAAAACUUAUACACUCAAUACCAGUAUCACAAAGUAAAAUCAGUAAUUUGUAACUAUUCAUAGCAUUUCACUUUGCUUUUUUAUCCGAUACCACCACAGCAUCCUUUUAAUGCCCAUUAAUGUCACAAGGCAGACACAGUAAAUUCACAGGUAUGUUAUCUAAAGCGUCUUGGCCUGGCCAUCAUGGUUGCUGAAUGUUUUUCAAUAUGAGAAUCCUACUGUACUAUACUGUAUCUAUAGCUAAACCACUAGGAACACCAUCUUUAGACCAGCACACGCUGUUUACGUUGCGUUAACAGCAGUACUUUUACUGUGGAAGAUUUCUCCCAUGCAAACACUGCUGACAGAAUGCCAACUAGGCCAACUAGGCCAUUGUAAAAUUGAAAUGUAAAAUUAAAUGUGAAAAAUAAAUAAACUUUUAUUUACAAAUAUG